AUGGGAAACUUAGUAAAUAAUUUCACAGUAGUUUGUACAGAGAUAGAUGGAAUACAAAAAUGUGCUUGUGAUUUCCGAGUGAAUUUCUAUGGCUGUCCCUUCGAAAGCUUAUUAAAAAAAGCGGCUUUAGUUCUAAUUCCACUUUGUUUGUUUUCCUUGGCAUUAUCUUGCGGCAUGCUUUACUAUUAUAUCAAAGUUAGAAACCAGUCAUUCUCCCUUCCGGCGACUCGCGAUAGAGGAAUCUUGAGAUUUCGACCCUUUCAAAUAUUUCAUUUGUACUGCGUAGCUUAUAUCCUCUUUGAAACCAUUCAUCUGAUUAUGCUGGUUACCGAUUCUUAUAGAAACCUGAUAAUUGCGGAAAUCGGAUUUGCCGCGAUGCACACGUUCGCAUCUGCAAUCGGCAUGCUAUACCCUAUAAGCGUUGUUUAUUCCACACCGACCUCAAUACACAUGAAAUAUAAAAGCGAACUGACAAAUCCACGUUUGCUCGACAUUUUAGGAUUUGGAAUGAUUGGUUACUCGUUCAUAUGUUUCAACACCUUCGCUGUAUUAACUGGUAUUGCGGGAGAAAAUAUGGAUAUAGAGAAAGCGGAUAAAUAUUUCGCUUUAAAUUCGUUCUUUUGGGUCGCAUGGACGUUCAUAUUUACAUGUUACUUGGUUUUCACAUGGUUGAAAUUACGCAGGAUCAUUCAUCGACACAUUAAAAGUCUCGAGUUGCAAAAGAUCGUCGGGGACGCGGAAAGUCAACAAAUCAUUAACAUGAGGAAAGCUUCAAGAAACGUCAACGUGCCGGUCGUCAUUAUGACCAUCUGUUGUCUCAUGACCAUCACCUCCAACAUCGCCGUAGCCAUUACAUACCGAACGGUGGCGAUAUUCGAAAAUUUUUCAUCUAUUAGUAUCUUUGCUGCUUGGUACAUUCUAAAUCCGAUGUUUGUUUUGAUAUGCAACGCCAUACUAGUAUACAACAAGCUCAAAUUUUAUGCUAAAGCGACGAUUACUGGAUGCCUUUCAAAUGGUGAGAUCGUUUGUUUUAAUACCAAUGAAACAAAUAAUACAAGUAAUACUUAUGUUAAUAAUAGCAAUAAUAGGGAAAGUAGUUUGUAUACAAGUAAUAACUUGGUUAUUAGUACCAGUGAUAAUAGAGAUCAAAUUCCAAGUUAUGAAAACAUUUCAAGGUAUCCUAUUGCUAUCCAUUGCACUGAAGAAACAAUUACAGAAAUACAAUAA